CAUGGCGUGAGUCAUGGGUGGUGUUACAGUGUCUGAAUGAGUUCCUGUGCCAGAAUUUCUGCAACGGACAUGCACUGCAGAGCUUUCACAACAGGACUGGGCAACGGGUGGAGCCUGCGUGACUCAGGGGGUUUCGUUCAUGUCUCUCUACCAGGAGAAAGUAUAAGACACCUGUCAGCACACCAGAGAGUGCCCUGGACAUCCACUUAAUCUGCCAGCACCUGGACCUUGGAUUUCCCAGCCUCCAGAACUCUGAGCAGCAGAGGUAGGUCAUCAGUGUUUCAAGGAUACAGACUGGUCUGAGCCCACACCAUGGAAGAGAAGAGGGUGGCUAUGCAUGCAUUCAACUACGUUGUACUUGCCGCUCUCUGCAGAAUGUCUCUGGCGUACCCUGCAAGCCUUUGGCAGCCAGUGCUGCUCUCUCGGAACUAUACUCACUCUCUUUGCCUGGAAUUCACUGUCCGAUCUCGGGCCACUCCCGGACAGCCCUGGUUUGUAGUGCGGGGCUCAGUGGAUGCAGCACCUUUCCUCCAGUACGACAGCAACAGCAAUAGGGUCAAACCUUUGGGGGCUCUGGGAGAGCAGGUCAAUGCCACCAAAGCCUGGGGACAAUUGACCCAAACACUGGGAGAAGUUGGGCAAGAGCUCAGGACUAUCCUACCUGAUGUCAAACUGCAUGAAAACAAGACCAGAGAUCUGCCUAGCCUGCUGGCCACGAUGCUUUGUCAUCGCAAAGGAGAACAGAGCACUGGUGCGACCUGGCAGUUCAGCAGCAUUGAGAGGAAGAUGUUCCUGGUGUUUGAUGCAAUUAACGUGAACUGGACCACAAUUAACACCAGGGACAGAGAGCUCAAGCAGAAGUGGGAGAAGAACAGGGACCUGGCAGAGUUUUUGCGGAAGAUCUCAUUGGGAGAUUGCAAUCACUGGUUCAAAGAAUUCUUAGAGCACUGGGAGGAGAUGCCAGUACCAGCCAUGAAGACUGCAAACACUAACCAGUUUUUAUUGAUACUGGGGAUCAUCGCAGCGGUCUGCAUCUGCUUAGUCCUGAUUGUGAUCUUCAGAAUGGCCAUUGUAAGACCAUGAGCUGUGGACGGUUGAAGAACACUCCACACCAGAGAGCGUGGCUCAGCUCACCAGAGUUCCUUAAUGCCUGGCGGUUGCUGUUUUCUGGCUCUUUCAUCUCCACAUGGGCACCAGAGAACGUCAAUCUUAAAUGCACCACAUUGAUGUCAGUCCUAACACUCUUCCCGCUCCCAUGAAGCAUAUCAGUAAUUUAUGGAAUUUGGGAAAAGAGGUCUAUUUUUGAUUGUCAAUCACGGAUAUGACAUAUAAGCAUGCAUCCACUAAAAGACAUACUCAGGGAGCCGGCACUGUGGCACAGCAGGUUGAAGCCCUGGCCCGAGGCACCAGCAUUUCAUAUGGGUGCUGGUUCGAGUCUCUGCUGAUCCUCUUCUGAUCCAGCUCUCUGCUAUGGCCUGGCAAAGCAGUAGAGGUUGGCCCAAGUCCUUGAGCCCCUGCACCCAUGUGGGAGACCUGGAAGAAGCUCCUGGCUCCUGGCUGCGGAUCGGCGCAGGUCCAGUCAUUGCAGCCAUCUGGGGAGUGAACCAGAAGAUGGAAGACCUCUCUGUCUUUACUUCUCUCUGUGGCUCUGUCUUUCAAAUAAAUAAAAUAAAU